GCAGCGCUGAACGUUAAUAUAAAUAUCUGUUUCCGCUCGAAUUUGCUCACUCGUCUUCUGCUCGCGGUUUCAUCAACUUACAAUUUCGCCUUUUGAAAAAACAAAAACGAAAAUAUGAUCUCGAAAGUGACAGUCAUCGCGUGCAUCUUGGUUGUGCUGGCGUCCAUGAGUGCGGCGCAGAAGCCCUUUUACGCCGGACAAGGGCCGUGGUACGGGCACAUGGGGCCACAGACCGACACACCACCCGCCACCUCAACCUCGACCUCAAACAACAUCGACAACAACAACAACGGCGGCGGCGGACUUGGAAACCGCAACCAGUUCCUCACGCCCGUCGAGUCCGUCAGCUUCAGGUACUUCAACAAUGUGCCCAUCGAGGGACCCGGCCAGCCGUGCGUCGGAUGCGUUUACAGGCUCACCAGGGAGGGGUUCGUCAUGGUCCGGGCUUGAGAAGAAAUUUCCUAAGAUUAUGACUGAUGCUGAUUAAAAUGGAUAUUAUUUAAAUUGAAAUAAAUACAUUUUUAUAUAUAUAAUAA